AUGCGAAUCACCGUCUCCAGCCUAAAAACUUUCCAAGGAAAGGAAGCGGAUAUAGUGAUCAUCGUCACAGUAAAAGGGUCCGAGUCACCCUCCAGCAACUUUGCAUUCCAACAGAACAGAAUUACGACGGCUUUAACUCGUGGCCGUCAACUCCUGGUCGUGAUUGGAGACCGUCAAACCAUCUCCAACAACAGUCCCGAGCUCUCACGAUUGCUUUGGUACAGCCGACGGUAG